ACAUCCUGUCAGAGGGUGAACCUGGUCUAUAAAAGCCGGUGAAUGAGCGGGGCGUUCAGUUCUACACGUAUCCUGUGUACAACCGACACAUCAGAGAUCUAGCCAUGGCUUCGAAGGACGCUAUCUGCGAAGUUGCGCUCAUAGACCCACCGGCGUACGAAAGAGGGUCCAAGUCGGGCUCGGUGAAGACUAAGUGGGUGAUCACGGCGGUUACUGUGGUGUUGGUGACAGGUAUCAUCGUGGCAGGGCUGCUGGCGUCAGCGCACCUGUGGAACAACAGAAACGGGGCUGACAAACCUUACAAGGGCUCCGACAGCGGGCGUCAGGUGCACGUGUACGUGCGUGUGUACGAGGUGGACGGGCGGCGUGUCAGCGAACAGAUCACGGUGGACCUGGACAAGCAGGUGGAGAUGUUCCACGUACCGCAGAACGGACAGUACCAGGCCGUCACUGUCAGGAAGGACUUCAAGCGGAACCUGAUUGUGUACAAGGAUGACGAUGAUCGUGUGUGUUUCGUCCGUGCCAUGGACAACCCCCGGGAAUUCACUCCUGACAUUCUGGACAAGAUGCUGACCACCACCAAGGGAGAGGUGGCCGAGGAGUCUGCGGAAGAUGACGGUCCAGAGGAGCAGCUGAACGUGUUGGAGACCGUGUCGGAUCUGGGCAACCUUGCCGGCACCGAUGCCGCCGACCUCUGCACCGGGUACACCGUCCUGCGCGUCGGGCCUGCCGAGGACGAUGCCGCCUCCGCCGAGGGCCACCAGCGGGUCCGCCGCCAGUACCGGGACGGUUUCAGCUGGCUGCCGCCUACCUACACGUGGGGCGGCGGCCGUCACAGCAUCAGCGGUACGGCUAACCCCUUCGCCGGGUCCGCCAAAGUCACCUACACAUUCCGCUUCUAAACUUGAAAUGCCUGUCAACCUGGCUUUGAUAAAUAUAACCUGGCACUCAGUUUGACCGUGGAUUGGCGAGGCUCUCCACGGGGCAGAUGAAGCUUUCUGCCGCCGGAAUUAUAUUUCGCACCCGGUAUAUUUUGUACGACGAAUUCUCCUAAAAACUACUACCGGGUACGAAAGAUUACCCGGGCGGAAGAAAUCUUCUCCUGCCCCGAAGAAAGCUUGUCCAAACCACGGUUGACUGGAGACCAGGUUACCUGGCAUAGUGCCAGGAAUGGUUCUAGCCAACUCAAAAUGCUGCUAACCAAAAUAUAUCACUAGUAUUUGCAAUUUCGAAAGUAUCUGUUUAAGGUGGGUUUUCUAUCGCGACUAUAUCAUGCAAAUGGAAAGUUUACAAAUUUGCUAAACUACUGUGUUGAUCGCACUACAUGCACUUUGGCAAGGAACGCUAGUUUUCUCUGUACAGAUCUAGAGUUUGAAAGGUGCCUCCCCAGGCUUGAAUCGUAGAUUGAAUGGUGAAUGGAUCAGUCUUGUGCCUAGCAAUGUUGCAUGUAUAUAGACUGAGAUUUGAUAGCAUUUUAGUCGUUUUUAUACCCAUUGCUUUACAGUUUAUAGUUGUACUGUUACCGUUGUACAAUAGUUUAAGUGUUAGUUACAACAUUCAGACCAGAUGUGUUGUAUUUGGUGGUGUUCCAUUUGAAUAAAAAACUAUUUGUUUGAUCAGACAAAACCUUACUUGUGUUUGCAUUUUCUUACGUGUGUGUGUGUGUGGGCACAUACGAAUCUUAGCGUGUGUUCGUGUGUAUGUGCAUGUAAAGAAGCCAUUAUGUGUAGUACAAAAGCAAACAAACUGCAUGCUAGAAUCAAGUCCAAACCAUUUAUUCCAAUUCUCAAGAAUGAACACAUAGAGCUAAAUUGUACAUAGAAGUGGCACACAAAUGUGCAAUGCUGUCACAACUCCAAUAUCUCUACUUCUUCACAAAUACUGUAAAUACCUUUAAGUUUUGCAGCAAUUUAAUUUUGCGGUAGGGGGAACAUGUACAUUUAUUGUUGCGGUAGUUUUCAGUUCAAACAAGGGGGUACUAGGCAGG